UGCGGUGCGAACGCUGUUCUCGCGAGUAUCGUGCACGCUCCCGCGGCGUUCCGACAUUACACACGAGAGUGUCCCAUCAGUCUGAUAUGCCAUAUAAAUCGAUAUCAUCGCGAGGAGUGCGUUUCGCGCGGGGCGUCCUCGACGGAACGCUUCACUGCCACGGCGAGUCCCGACGGCGAGCUCGCUGAAGGAGAGAGCGAAGUGUCGUGAGGAUUUUUUAUCGUCGUCGAGCUCGCGCGCCGACAGGGGAGCGCGCGCGCGCGCACGCGCGCGUUUACGCCUCGCGAGGACGAAGGGACGAAGAUGAAGAGGCAGAAUGUCAGGACCCUGUCGCUGGUAGUGUGCACGUUCACGUAUCUCUUGGUCGGCGCCGCGGUGUUCGACGCCCUCGAGUCCGACACCGAGAAGAAACGUUGGGAAUUCCUGUCCGAGAUACGGCGCAACAUGAUGAAGAAGUACAACAUCACGCCGGAGGAUUACAAGAUGGUCGAGAUCGUGAUCAUCGAGAAUAAGCCGCACAAAGCGGGGCCGCAGUGGAAGUUCGCGGGUGCCUUUUAUUUCGCCACUCUAGUGUUAGCCAUGAUCGGUUACGGACACUCGACGCCGGUGACCGUAGGUGGAAAGGCGUUCUGCAUGGCGUACGCGAUGGUGGGGAUCCCGUUGGGGCUGGUGAUGUUCCAGAGCAUCGGCGAGCGAUUGAACAAGUUCGCGUCGGUCGUGAUCAGGCGGGCGAAGACGUACCUUCGCUGCCAGAAGACCGAGGCCACCGAGAUGAAUCUCAUGUUGGCGACCGGUCUGCUCUCGAGUAUAAUCAUCACAACGGGCGCCGCGGUGUUCUCGCGAUACGAGGGCUGGAGCUAUUUCGACAGCUUCUAUUAUUGCUUCGUGACGCUCACCACCAUAGGCUUCGGCGACUUUGUCGCUCUUCAGAACGACCAUGCGCUCUCCAAUAAGCCUGGAUACGUGGCCUUGAGUCUGGUCUUCAUCCUCUUCGGCUUGGCCGUGGUCGCUGCCAGUAUCAACCUGCUCGUGCUGCGCUUCAUGACGAUGAACACCGGUGAGGCGCGUCGCGAGGACAACGAGAUGCAGUCCGCCUCGCAGCACGUCCUCACGCUGGACGGCGAGGUCGUGGCGGUGAACGGGAAGCUUCUAGCUGGACACGAGCCGAUCGUCCACGACACGGACGACUGCGUGAGCGUGUGCUCCUGCACGUGCCUCGGCCCGGCGAAUUCCGAGCUGUUGGAUCCAUCCGGGUAUCAAGGCUACCGGCCGCCCUCGACCUCCGCCAGCCUCCGUAUGAAGCGAGCAUCCGUCUGAUGGAAGGUGUUUCGUCGUCGCAGUUUACGUUGUCGACUUUCGAAGGCCGACAGCCGGGAGCUGCUCGGCAUCGACGUGUGAGGAGAGAGUUGAUACGCUCCCUCGACUAAUGCAGAAGAAACACUUCUUCAGAGAGGUUCCGCGCGCGCGCGCGCGCGCGCGUGCGUGGAAGAAGACAACCCGCAAAGUUCCCUCGCCACGUAGCGGAAAGUAAGAUUCAACGAACGAGAAACUCUCCGGCACUCGCCCUGAACGUUUCAUGUGCGACAUCGGCUCGCACUGACUGUCGGUGGUUGUUACUCGAUGGCCAAAGGAUGUGAAGUGCUCGACUCAUGGCUCUCCGCUGCAUCUCCUCCCUCCCUCCCCCCCCCGACGGUUACUACGUCGAUAUGUAAAGUUGAAAUAUUUUGAUAGUUCACAUUGACGACUGCCCGUGUCGACUCCAACUCCAUCGAGUGAACGUUGUGUACACGAAGUCCGCGGCGUAUUGUCGACUCGUCGGGCAAAGCCGGCGAGUGACGACGCUGGGGAUCGCUGGGGGUAAACGUACGGUGAUCAUAUCGCUCCACGACGAAGCCGCAUCGGACGGAUAGUUCGUGGAUAAUCCUCUCCUCCGGUAACCUCCGCCGUGCUAUUGUAUCUCAGAUCGAAGUGAAACACCCUCAGUACCUCAGAGGCAACAUUAGCGAGCUCAAGCGCGGAUUAUCCCAUUGAUAACAAGGCAUUUAUAGAACGUAGUUAUCGAUAUUGCAUUAGAAUGACAUUAUAUGUUGUGCUGUAUGUGUGAACGCACGAGGUUCAUAGGUCGUUCCGACAAGCCGGAGGUUCUCGUGUUCGGCGCAACUAAUUUAACGGUUGAUUUUGUGUCGCUUCGCCAUUUCUUGCAUUCGGUCCUCGCGCAGAGUUCUUUCUCGCUGCAGUCUCGCGUUGGGUUUAUCUUGAUCCUAGAAGAAUCUUAUCUUGAGGUUUCCAAAAGUUUAUGUAUCUUAUUACGAAAGAAGGGAAAGGGAUCUUUUUACAUUGUUUGCGAGCGCGAUCUUCCCGCUCGAUCGACCGCGCCGCAGCCGCCGAUAUCGCUCAGCGCUGAGCAGCUGAGAUCGAUGGGACAAUGUGUGAACGAAGCGGAGGCUGGGGGAACGGAUGGCCAAGAGAGGAUCCAAAUGAAGGCUCGAAGUGCUUUUCCACCGUUUAAUUGCACCAAAAAUUGCCGCGCGAACGAACGGACGAACUCACCGCGGGCUGACCGUCGAAAUUGAGGCGGACGGAGAUCUUGAGUCGCCCGAGCGGGUUCGCGCUACACCGCGACCGGAGAUCUUCUGGGCCGGUCUGAGAUGUCACCGCCGAACCGACGGAGAUCUUCCUCGCGAACGCCGGAGAUCUUGCCGCGGGCGGACAGGCGAUCGCGAGCACGGCGACGGUCAGCGCGGAGCGAGAGCUCGGCGGUAACUCGAAAUUACAAAAACAAACUAAAUACAAGAAAAGACAGAUGUAUUCCGACACUCAUUGGAAACCGGCGCCACACUUCGCAAUGCUGGCGUAGUUCGCGUGUUAACCAACCACGCACACGAUGGGCUCGUCGAUGGCCGGUCAUAAGCGCACAUGCCUUGGCGAUCAGCCACUAUAUUCUCGGCGCGAUAUCAACGGUAAAACUUUCCAGAAACAUCCAACUGUUUCGUGACGAGGAAGAGAUAAACAUAAUUCGAAAUAUAACAGAUCCACCGAGUUGGCUCGCCAGCUAUUAUAUUGUUCGGAUGUUUAUAUUUGGUUGGAGUCGAUUUCUCUUUACGAUUUCGAUCAACCUAUGUCGUAUCCGACAGCGCCCCGAGAAUAUUCGGCCAAAUCGCAAGAAUUCGGUCGAAUUUAAAGACUGAAAUUAAUCGAGCUGCCGAACAUACCGUCCGCCUUGAAAUUUUAAUUUCAAAAGCGUGCGACAGCGUUGGAAAAGAUACGUGGCGUGUGACAAAUAAAAUAAACAACAGAAAAAAAAGAAAGACAGAGGAGCCAAAUUUACAAUGCCCGAGCGCAGCGUGUAAGGUCACAUGUGACAUCGGCCGAGAGAUGUGGCGACGUCCCGAGAAAUCGCAUCGCAUGGUCGUCGAGAAGACGCUUCUCGUGGUAAUAUAGAUCUCGACAAAAUGUGGUGCGUGAUCGUGAGGCGCGAUGGGCAGAUGAUGGACCGUCAAUGGCCAUGACCUGUCCUGGGUCGGAGAUGAUACAUGAAUUUAUAAAUUCAUAUGAUACAUAAGUAUAAUUCUUUAAAAAAAAAUAAAAUAUAUGGCAUACGUUAGCUUAGCAUAGGUUAUGUAUACACACAAGACGAUCGGCUCCUGCUCACUCCUGUCACUAUGAGACAGCAAGGGAGUAGGAUUAGGAGCAGCCAUGAAAUAUAAUAGUUGUAGAUGGGAGUGUGUACUGCUCUCUCCAGAUCCAGAUCUCACUCGCUCCGCUCUCGUUAUCGUAAGCAUCGUGAGAUCUCCGUUCGCCUCAAUUUCGACGAUCAGCCCGCGGUGAACCCGUCCAUUCGCGCGGCAAUCUUUGGUGCAAUUAAACGGUGGGAAAGCAUUUCGAGCCUUCAUUUGGAUCCUUUCUUGGCCAUCCGUUCCCCCAGCCACCGCUUCAUUCACACGUUGUUCCAUCGAUCUCGUUGCUCAGCGCUGAGCGAUAUCGGCGGCCGCGGCGCGGUCGAUCGCGCUCGCAAACAUACAUGAAGAAGAAGAGUGUCUAUUCUAGAGGCGGUCAUAAAGAAGACAAGAAUUUAUAAACAAAAAGAAGGGAAACAUUUGUUUGUUCUAAUUCUGCAACAAUUUAUGAUCUCACUCAUGGAUCUCACGAGAAUCUCUGCCUUAGCAGAAUCGUGCGAUGUCGUGCGAGAACUAUACAUAUGAGUAUAAACACGAUAGAACAAUAAUUUGGCAUCAAUAGCGUAAUGUUGUAUACAUAUUUCCAUAUUUGUACCCCUAAGCGUAAAGAAAUAUCGCCUGGUGAAAUUUGACAUGAUCAUUUUACGUAAUCAGGUUGCGGACAUGUACGUGUGACGUACCACAAGUCUUAUAUUUUUUUAAGACAUUUAUAAAAUAAAAGAGAAACGUAGAAAUACCAGGGAAGACUGAUAGUUGAAAUUAUAUCAAAUGUACAGUUGUUACUUUUUUUAACUAAAAUUUCUCUCUCCCUCUCUCUUUCUCUCUCUCUCUCUCUCUCUAUCUCUCUCUCUCUCUCUCUCUGUCGUUUUAAAACAAUGACCUACGGUAUUAUUCUUCCUUAAAAAUUUAAAUGUCAUAUUCAGUUACAUCGAUAUUAUUUGGGAAACUGCAUUUUGUUUCGCAACUGCAUUGUAUUUCAAGUCAAGAAGUUCAAGCAAGACUAAGCAGUCUAACUCUUCAGACACAUUUCUAGAUAUAAUUCAUUUACAAUAUUAGAAAUUAGGAAUUGAUACUGCAGUUUAUCAGUUUUAUAUCUACUCCUAAUAAAUCGCAUUUCGAGAUUGUGAAAUAAGUUAUGCGCUUGAUUGCUCGAUCGAAAUAAUUGGUACUUUAAUUGGUGCUUCUUCUAUCAUAUGCCACGUUGUAUUUCGUGAAUUAGGAAAUACUAUCGUCGUGAUCAAUGUACGCACAAGUUGUAACAAUACUCGAGAGUUUGUUUCGUGAGAAAAAAAAAUUCGUGUUAAAAUAUAUACCAAUAUCGUCGAAAAAUACGAUUCUUUCCGGUACGCAUCGCAAUGUGCAAAGUGAUUGAAAAAGUACGCACUUAUUUAUACAGAGAUGUGGAGUAAAACAGCUACCGUGAAGAAAGAUGAUAGAUUAAUGUUAUAUUAUUGUACGGUAUACCCUACAUGUGUGUGCGUGUGUGCGUGCGUGUGUGUCUAUUUUUUAAUGCGAAUACAUUUUAAAUAAACACUGCAUAAUGCAGCGUGUUAUAAUAA